AUGAAUGAGAUUGAUGAGUUUAGGCUACACGCUUGUGAGAGUGUUGAUCUCUACAAGGAAUGUGCCAAGAAGAUACAUGAUGCAUCUAUUAAGCCUCGUCAAUUUCAUGAAGGACAGCUGGUUCUUUUGUACAACUCUAGGAUAAUGCUCUUCCGGGGAAAACUCAAGUCAAGAUGGUGGGGUCCCUAUGUGGUGCACAAGGUGUACCCCUAUGGUGCUGUUGACAUUCAAGACCCGAAAAAUGACAAGUUGUGGAAAGUUAAUUGCCAACGAUUGAAGACCUAUGUUGGUGGUGAAAGUGGUAAGGAAGCAAGAGAGGUGGUCACACUAGAGAGUCCGAAAGUGUAG